AUGCAACUACUGCGGGUGGAUGAGCGUGAUGUUUACUGGCAAGUUGAGGGUGAAUACUAUCUUCACAUUGAUAGUCGAAAUCGCCAACUUCUAACCCUCACUUACCCACUCUCCGACAUGAUAUUGUGUCUUAACUCCAUUUUAGGUGUUGUAAUGCCCGGGGCUAAUGUUGAGCCUAAUGCAUAUGAGCCUAUUCCUGAUGCUCUUGUUCCUGAUGUUGCUAUGUCAGUGCAACAAGAGCAUGUCAUGCAUCCUCACCAUGAUAUGUACAUGCAAGAAUUUCAGCACUUGCUACAGUUUAUAGACGCCUCCAUCAUGACUAUUCCAACUUUUAUCACAGUUCUUGUGAAAUGA